AUGGCCGCUAAGUUGGUUGUCUUUGCUCUCUUCGUGGCGGCUGCGCACGGAAGCGCGAGCCAUGGUAAUUACAACAGCUUCUCUUACGGAGUUGCAGACCCGCACACCGGCGACGUGAAGGGUCAGCACGAGACGCGUGUCGGUGACAGUGUGGUGGGCCAGUACUCGCUGCUAGAGUCCGACGGCCACCGCCGCACCGUCGACUAUUCCGCUAACGCGCAUACCGGAUUCAACGCAGUCGUACGCAGGGAUCCUGCCGUCCUCGGUCAUGCAGCACCAGCCGUUGUAGCUGCUCCUCUGAGCUACGCUGCCGCCGCUCCUCUGGCAACUUACGGUGCCUACGCCUCUGGUCUUGCAUACACAGCCCAAGUUGCUCCCCUCGCUUACUCUAACAUCGCGACGCCUGUGGCCUACAACACUUACGCCGCACCUCUGUCUCACGGAGUCCUCGCCAGUCCUCUCGCUCGUAAUGUCAUCUCAUACGGUGCCAACGGCCUUGCUUACGGCUAUGGUGCUCGUCUUGGCUGGUACUGA